GCGCGGCUGGAGGCGGCGCUCCGCGAGCUGGGCCCGCCGCCGGAGCCGCGGCCCUGCGCCGAGGCCGCGGGCGAGAGCGACGCCGCGGUCUUCGACGCGGCGUUCCGGCGCUCGCGACCGCUGGUGGUGCGCGGUGCGGCCAGCGGCAUGGUCGGGGAGCUCGCGCGCCGCGCCGGCGGCUCCUUUGCGGCGCUCGUGCGGGAGCGGUACGGCGACCUCGCGUCCCCGGUCGACGUGGACGCCGGCGGGCAGCGCGGCUUCAACCGCUUCGACCCGGUCGACGAGGUCCGCGAGAUGGCGCUGGGCGAAUUCGUCGCUGCCGUCGCCGCUGGAGACGGCGCGCUGGCCAUCCAGCAGGCGGAGUGCGACUUCGCGGGAGACCUUGGCUUCGCGCUGCCGGGCUUCGUGCGCUGGGCGGAGCCCGCCUCGGACGUGCACCACUCGUGGCUGUGCGGCCUGAACAAGACCUCCCACGCACACUACGACAACGACGACGGGCUGCUCGUGCAGGUGUCGGGCUCGAAGGUCGUGUCGCUGGUGGACCCGCGCCACUUCGUACAGAUGCGGCCCACACUGGCGCCGCACAGGUUCGGCAGCGGCGAGGGCGCGGGAGGCGCGGCGUCGGGCCUGUCGGCGCUGCCCUCGUGGCACUUCUCCGGCGCGGACCGCUUCCCGCACGAGCUGGCCUCCGAGUGCACCCUGGGGCCCGGCGACGCCCUGCUGAUCCCUGCCCUGUGGUGGCACAGGGUCGACAACGUAGCCGUAGCCGCAGAGGACGGCCUCAACGUGGCGUUCAACUGGUGGUUCUUCACCGACCGGCUCGUCCGGGA